UCUUUAUCAUUAUUCAUUAGCGAGGAUCCUUCAAAACUCAAUAAGUAUUUUUCCAAAAACUCAAACACGACGGAAGCGCCUAAGUUCUUCAGUAACAAUCAUUGAAUCCCACAUUUUUGUGCUGAAGAACUUCACGAGGAGCACUCUUUUCCCACAAUCACGUUUCUCAUACAAACUUUUGAUUCACGAAAUCUUCAAGAUAAGAGUUGUUAAACCCACAUUUGGUUUCCUCGAAAUAUUUCUGGGGUUUUGUUUUUUUCUUUCGCAAAAGCAGUUUUCAGGAAAGGUUUUUUUAUGUUUGAAGGAAUUAAUACUGUGAUAUAAAUGUAAGCAAAUUGAGGUGUUUUCUUCUGAUUCUCCAUACCCAAGAACUAGGGUUUCUGAAUCCUUUUAUAGUUUGUGAAUGCAAGCUAAUUCUGGAGUUUAAUUUGCUUUGUCACUAUGAAAUCUGAAGAAUAUAAAAGAAGGGGUCAUAGAAAACCAAAUGAGUGUAUGAGGGGAAUUGUAACAAUAAUAGUUGGUAUUGUUUUCGGGUUCUUUAUUGGAGUAUCAUUUCCUGCUUUUUCACCACCAAAGCUUAAACUCAUACCUCCAAUUGAUACGUAUCUUGGAGACAAAAAUUCGGGGCGUUCUACACAAACAAUCUUAAAUGUGAUUUCAGUUACAAGGGACAACGUGUCAACUGAUGCUAGAAAAAUUGAUGAUCCUUCAUUGAUUUAUGUUUCAUCUAAUCCCCGAGGUGCAGAAAGAUUACCUCCAGCAAUACUUGCUUCUGAAUCAGACUUCUUUCCCCGAAGAUUAUAUGGCACACCAAGUGAGGAUUUAACAUUCAAACCAAAGUAUCUUGUGACUUUCACAGUUGGUUAUAAUCAGAAAGAUAACAUUGACCAAGCGGUCAAAAAGUUCUCAGACAACUUUACUGUCCUUCUCUUCCAUUAUGAUGGCCGGACAACCGAAUGGAAUGAAUUCGAGUGGUCAAAACGAGCUAUUCACAUAAGUGUUCCAAAGCAAACAAAAUGGUGGUAUGCGAAAAGAUUUCUGCAUCCUGACAUUGUUGCUCCAUAUGACUUCAUAUUUAUUUGGGAUGAAGAUCUUGGAGUUGAGAAUUUUGAUGCUGAAGAAUAUAUUAAACUUGUGAAGAAGCAUAAAUUGGAGAUAUCACAGCCUGGUUUGGAUCCUAGUAGUAAGGGUUUGACAUGGCAGAUGACUAAGAGAAGAGAAGAUCUUGAAGUUCAUAAAGAAACUGAGGAAAAACCGGGCUGGUGUAGUGAUCCACAUUUGCCUCCAUGUGCAGCGUUUGUAGAGAUCAUGGCUCCUGUAUUUUCUAGAGAAGCUUGGCGUUGUGUGUGGCAUUUAAUUCAGAAUGAUUUGGUUCAUGGAUGGGGUCUUGACUUUGCUCUCAGAAAAUGUAUUGAGCCUGCAUACGAAAGGAUUGGAGUUGUAGAUGCCCAAUGGAUUACUCAUCAAGGCGUGCCUUCACUUGGAAAUCAGGGAAAAGAAGAGAACGGAAAAGCACCAUGGGAAGGGGUGAGAGAGAGGUGUAAGAAUGAGUGGAAGAUGUUUCAAGAUCGUGUAGCCAAGGCAGAAAGAGACUAUUACAACUCAGUUGGUAUUGGAUCCACGGAUCAUGAUGCAAAUUGGGUGACACCCGAUAGAAUUCAGUAGUGGUUUAGUGAUCAUUGAUAUGCUUACUUCUUAUAGAUCACAUAGUAUAUGAUCAUUUAGAGGUGAAUCUUUACUAUAUACAAAUUUAUGGGUAUUAAUGGAAAGAUGGUUUUCUUA